UUUCUGGUUUGCUUUGGGUUGUUUUUUCCUUUUUUUUUUUUUUUUUUAAUCUUCCCUCCCUGGGACUGGAAGCAGGAUCCGCGUCCCUGAAACUGCUAUGCCAGCUGAACUCUCCCGGGCCGUGGGAAUGCACGCCAUCUCCGACCUGCACUCCUCCCUCCCCCUGCGGCUCCUCAACAAGGGGCCCGAGUACCUCCGCAGGCAGAUCGAGGCCGGCAACCCGGGCAGGAAAAGUGCCGUGGAGAGACUGGCCGCCGAUAAGGCCAAGUAUGUAAAGAGCCAGCGGGUCAUCAGCACCAGGCAGGAGCCCGUCAUCUCGCUCAGCUCAGCCUCGGAGAGCAGCAGCGAGACCUGUUCGGUGGAGAGCAAAGCAGUCAGCAGGGACUUGGGCAGAGGGAAGGUCGCGAAGCCCCUGGAGCUGGCCAAGGCGGCGUACUCCUGCCGCGCCCCCUUGCAGCACGGCCCCCCCAUCGCCAGGCGCAGCACCCACAAGAGGCAGAUGCGGCCGGAUUCCCUGGUGAUUUACCGUCAGAAAUGCGAGUUUGGGAGAGGUCAAAGCCAGGACAGCUCGCGGGGGAACUUGGUGAGGAGAAUCUUCAAUGGGUCGGUAAAGGAGAAGCAGUUACCUUCCCCUGAGUUGCCCAGAGUCAUGGAGGACACCGCGGCCACCGAGAGCAACGAGCCUCUCUCGGCAAAAGGUGGUGACCGUGAGCCAAGCGACCAUGCCGUGGAGCAAACUGUUCCUGUGAGCACCGAAGGCCCAGGGGUAUGUACAAAAGAGCAUGAGAGGCCCUCAAACCUGAAUAUACCUCCUGAAGAGGUCAAGGAGGUGAAGAGGAGAGGUCUCCAUCGCUCCCAGUCGGACAUCAGCUCUCGCUACUCCAAGUCCUUCGCUGAGUUUGAUACAUUUUUCAAGUACUGUGGCCUCGAGCAGGAGGUCAUUGAGGACCUUGGAAGAGAGAACUUCUCCGUGGUGUCUGACAAUGUCUCCUUCAAGAUCCGCAGCAUCAGUGUGGCAACAUCCGAGAGUGACUUUACGAGGCACAGUGGGGAUGAGGGGCUGCUGGAGGAUGAACUCACAGAGCAGGUCCCCAGCAGCACCUCUGUGAUUGAGCGGAAUGCUCGGAUAAUCAAAUGGUUGUACACGUGUAAGAAAGCCAAGGAGAGUAACAAGGUGAUCCAGGAACUGGCGUGAUGGCUUCUUUCAGCGUGCAUUGCAGCCUGGGGAACUCAAGAAUUCUUGACUUGGAAGUUGAACAAAACCAGACACAGGAAGAAACUGUUCCCUCAUCUGUCUUAUGACUACUUUUUCCAAGUUUAGUGUUUUAUUAUUGCUUCCUACCCUCACCCCUCUCCCUUGGAAGCCUCACUCUUGUCAAGCCCAAGGGUGUUGAAGACUGCAAUGACAAAUGGAGAUUGUGAACUGUGCCCCAGCAAGACAGCGCAAAACUACAGCCCCUGGAAAAGUGAAGUGUGACAGCAGCUGCCAUCCAGAAUAACAUUCAACAUCAGCUCACUGCCUCAGGAUGCCAGUCCAAGCUGUGACAGAAGGUCUGUGUUGUGCACCCGUCUCCUUCCAGCAAUGAAUUUGUCAACAGGGAUAUGGGGAGAAAGCGGGAAUGAAGUGUCAGUGACCUCUGGGUCAGGCAUUUCUUUGCAGACAAACACGCUCCACCUGCAUGUUCAAAAGCUCUGUCUUACCAGGGCUGUAUGACCAGAGCUCAUCCUGACAUCAUUCAACAUCAUGUUCUUGGCUGGUGAGGACUAACUGGCAACUUUAUCUGGGAUACUUGGCAAACAUAUUGUAAGCUAAACCCUUACCAAACCUCUCUUUCUCUGCGAGUAUUCAAACCAAAUUGGUGUACCCAGUUUGCUCUUGCUAGUUUGUCACACAGCUUGCUCAGCCACUGGGGAAGAAUAGCCCAAAAUACUUCCAGGAGCAUGGUUCCAAGAAAAAAGUAUUGAGGGAGGGUUAUGCAUUGUUUCUGCUUGCAGAACAGUUCAAUUUGUUUGCAAUGUAUGCCCGACUCUGACAUUGCAUUACAGAAUCACGUUAGGAAACUGUAUCCCAGGCUCUAUAAAACCAAACUUCCCUAGCAGUAGGGCUGUGCAAGACAACAUGCAAGGCAAAAAGGCACAUUGAGGCACAGCCAGGCGAGGUAAAUGUGCUUGUCAGUUCCUGGGUGGUUGGUUCUCAAUUACAGCAACAGUUCGGGAAUGCAGAGCAUUUGUCUUCUGUUUCUAGUGUUACAUACUAAGGUCUACAUGUCUGAAGUUCUCGAGAUAACUGGAUAACAAUUCCAGAUAAAAUAAUUGUUGAACUCACUUUUUACUUGGGAGAAAACUAACUAGUCUGUGUGAGUGAGCUCCUGCAGACAUAGAGGGGAGGUAGUACAGGCGGAUAUUUUCUUAAAUAAUGAAAUUUCCAUGUAUUUGUUACAUUACUAUGAAAGGAUGAUUCUCAGAAAACUCCAAGAUGCUGCUAAUAUAGUGAGGAUUUUGCACUUAAGGUGCAGGUUUUUAAGGCACGAGUCUAGGUUUAUUAGCCAGGAACACGACAUAUCUGUUCUGUUUGUGCUCAGUUUGCAAGGUGCCGUGUCACAUAUAUGUUUAUAUACAGUCAUCAGAGCUAAGGAUUGCUUUUCUUUGAAAAUAUGGAUGCCUGUAGACAGCUCAGAGUGCAGGAAAAAUCUUUUGCAGUACAAUUCAGUGCCCCACCACAAGAGAAGAUAAUGAUUUUGUUUAUUUUGUUUAUUUUGUUUAAUUUUCUUGAAAAUAGCAAAUAUCAACCUCUCUCAAAACCAAUGACGGUUUAAUGGCAGAGGUUAGUGAAAUCAGAACUGGCCCCAUUCUAAACAUUUUUUUAAUCUCCCUUUUUAAUUUGUGAAUAGUUUCAUGGGGUUGGGGUUCCAUGCUGAUAUGUGGCAAAAUUUCUUUGGCUUUGUUCAAACUCUAUAGGAAUCCCAAGCUCUCCUGGUAUCAUUUACUUCAGAGAUGAUGUGGACCUGUCUAAGAUCUUUCCCUAAUAAGUUACAGAUUCCCUUUAUUUAAUAAUACUUCUGGGAAAGCUAAUAAUUUACACUUCCCAGUAUGUCAGAACAACAGCAGACAAUGAUCUUUCUUUCUCCAUACAUCUUGGGAAUGGGUAAUUCAGUGCUUUUUCCAAAUGGUGGGAGCUCUGGUCUUCAUUCAGCUCCUGUUACUGUUGCAUGUACAGGCUUCUCCUUUUUCCUUCUGGGUCUUUCAGAUAUAUCCCUCAAAAUAAGAAAAACUUGCUAAUGUUAGUCACUACCUGUCCUUUUCUCAAAAAAUUAUCCAGAUAGUUUUGUUGUUUGUUUGGGUUUUUUUCACUAUUUGAUUAUAAAAGACAUGCUUUGGAAGGGGUGGGAUUUUUCAGCUUUGGUGAUAAGUUGUGGUAAAGUGGGCCAUUGCAAUUUUAACAGAAGUUUUAGCAGUGGAGUUGGUUUUCCAGUUUUCUGGGGAGCUUAAACUGGGGCUGAGGACAAAGGCAAGUCAUAAAUUGAAUGAUUUUGUUUGACUAGAACUAUGUAAACAAAAAUAGUCAAAUGGUGUGCGAGUGUGCAGAGUGAACUGCUGUUUACACCCAAGUGUUUCAAGGUGCUCCAAUGCUGUGACGAGGGACAAUGUCUUUGGCUACAGCAUAACAGGAGAGAGGUACAAAGUCUGGGGUUUACGGCCUGGAAGCAAGUAUUUGCAAUCAGAUAGCGACUGAAAUCUUUGCAAUAUAUUGUAAAUAUUACUGUACAGAAAUCUAUAAGUAAGAAAUACAGAUUGUUCUAUAAUAUGUAUAUUACUUUUCUAAGGGAUAUAAGUCUUCAUGGUUUUUUGAAAUUGGCCAAGUGUUACAUUGAUGAGGAUUAGCAGAAAGUUUCUUCUGGGAGCAAGCUGUCCUGUCAUUGCCUCCUAUGGAGUUUCUUGAAUCUGCUUUUGAAUCCUUUGAAACAGAGUACUGGUCACACCUGGUAUGUGGUCGCUAUGUUUGUAUUACUAUGAAAGAGCGUGUGUGCUAUUGAAUGCAUACAAAUAAAACUACCACUCUGAAAGUUAA